CCUUGGAUACUAUUGAGAUGUCUCGCGGAGGAAGUGAAGCGUAUUCGUUCUACAGUACAACUAUCGGAGAAGAAACGUUCAACUUACCGCAGCGAUAUGAAAAGGCAUCCUUGAUUGCGAAAGGAGGACAAGCUGUUGUGGUGGAGGCCUGGGACAAACGGGAAAAGCAGAAGGUUGCCAUCAAGAAGAUUUGCAAGCCGUUCCAGGAUGCCAUCUCGGCUAAGAACACGUUCAGGGAGGUAGUUCUCAUGCGCAACUUGCAGCAUCGUCUGUGCAUGGGCGUAUUGGACAUAUUUACUUCGGCCUCAAACCUGAAAGAAUUUAGCGAUGUUUACCUGGUGAUGCAGAAGAUGGAUUGUGACUUAAGUUCUAAAGUCGGCAAUCACUUGGACCACUCUGAUAUUGUAUCAAUCCUGCGUGACAUUCUUUGUGGAGUCCGUUAUUUGCAUGCCAGAAACGUCAUUCACGGAGAUCUAAAACCUCGCAAUAUUUUGAUGAAUAGCGACUACACGUUGAAGAUUGCUGACUUCGGAAUGUCGCUAGUAGAUGACGGAGAGGGAAACGCGGGUGUAACCGGCGGGACCAGUGCCUAUCUUGCUCCAGAAGUCGUCCAGAGCAGUCAUUGCGGAAAAGGUGUGGAUUCGUGGGCGAUCGGAUGCAUCCUUUCGCGGCUUCUGGGACAGCAGAGACUGCACCAAGCUAAAGAUCCUACUAACCAGCAUAUGAUGACAUCACAGGGUAGUGACGUAAUGGAAACACCGGAAGAUUGGAUCCGCACUAAUCAAGCUAAGGACCUUAUAUCCAAGAUGCUUAAGAUCAACCCUGACGAGCGCAUCUCCAUUGUACGCGCACUUCGCCAUCCGUACGUCCGAAGACCGCGGAGCAGUAGUAAACCGCGUCGUUCCGCCCCGGACCAGUUUACGCACACAAUGUUCUCGAAAGACCGAACUGUCGAGGAAUGGAAACAGAUCACAUAUCGCGAAAUCCAGAACGAACAGGAUCACGCUCGGCCCCUUUUUCUCAGUGGUGAGGUUGACGAUAUUGCUGUGGUUGCUGCUGGUAACCCUUUAUAGUUAGGUUCCAGACCUCGCCUGCAAGAAGAUAGUGGUGAAGAAAGACGACAAGAGCUCGACAAGCCAUGGGGCCAACAUGUUCUUGCCACUCACCCUGGAUCCACGCUCAGCUAUGGGCAAAGUGCAUUCUCUGCAGUUGCAGUACUGUAAUAGGGACCAUGAAUCUUGCCACUCUCUCUCUCUCUCUCUCUCUCUCUCUCUCUCUCUCUCUCUCUCUCUCUCUCUCUCUCUCUCUCUCCCUCUCGUUGCUGCUGAUCGUGAUAGGUAUAGGCAGCUUGUUUAUCAGUGUAGUUAGGGUUUUUUGGUUUUUUUUACACAACAGAACAACAAGGACAAUCAAGUCUUAUUUGCUGCUACUUUAAGUUUCGUGCUCAAGCAAUCAUCAGGCAAAAUGAAACUUAAAGUAGCAGCAAACAAGCCUUGAUUGUCCUUGUUGUUCUGUUGUGCAUUACGCUCUGCUUUUGUGGUGUUGAGCACUGUCAGCACUCUGUGUACAUCCUUCGGUGGGUUUUUUUAUAUUGCUGCCUUAUGACACACAUGCCGUCCCUACGACCAGAAUGGUUAUGAGGUAUACAUACAUACAAUAGGGAGAGAGCCUGAUCGAGCCUGUGGCAAACAGCGCGAGGCGAUUGAGAUACAACGUACGUGAUACUAAGCCCAAUGUCAACAUAAGCAUAGGAGUGGAUUUCGUAAGUCAGAAACAUUUUGUUCUCAGCUAGUCCUUGCUGCUACUUUUUUUUGUACAUCAAUAUUACUGAAUAUAAUCAUGAGGCGGGUCACACAAAUCCAUGCUGUUCCUGUCGCAUCCCUGGUGAUUACGGCUAGGCAUAGGAAAUGUGGGAUCUCGCGGUUGUCUGCUUUUCUCACCAUCGUGUCGUGCAAUGAUUAUUAUUAUUAUUUUUUUUUUUCCAAACUGGUUUAUUAUGUACUAUUAUGAGAUGAAAUAAAACAGGAAAGGGCACAGGCACUGAUACGUGCAAGGGAUAGCAAUCAACCUUGCACAUGAAUUGA